GUGUGUUUAAGAUCAUUAUAUUUCUGCCGCUAUAGGUAGUCCGAAGUUGGGUUGCACAACUUCCAGGCGUUGCACAACUACAGGUCGUGCAUUGCUCCGGUGUCUUCUGCCUCACCUGUCAUGGAGGAAAAGAGCUCCCAUGUUUGACGUUACGUAUCCCUGUGACGUUGCACCGAGCCAAAUAUUAUUUAACCGACUUUUAUCGCUCACAUCCCCGAGGAAAAGUCACCGGAUCAUCAGAUAAACUCAACGAGAAGAACGAGUAAAAAUAUGGCUCUCAGAGGUGCUGUCACUCGUCUGCUCUCAAACAGCCAAAAAUGUGCCGCUGUCACUGCGUCCAGAGCCCAGGGCACAGCUGCUGCAGCUCCCAAAGAUGUUGAAAACAGAAAGCCGGCAAAGGCACCCAAGGUGUCAUUCAACUGGCGGGACGCCCUGGAUCUUGAGGGUCAGCUGACAGAGGAGGAGAUCAUGAUCCGAGACUCCUUCCGCAACUACUGCCAGGAGAAACUCAUGCCCCGCAUUGUCAUGGCAAACAGACAUGAACAUUUUCACCGUGAGAUUGUCUCAGAGAUGGGAGAGUUGGGUGUCUUGGGCCCAACUAUUAAAGGAUACGGCUGUGCAGGCACUAGUUAUGUAGCAUAUGGUUUGAUUGCUAGAGAGGUUGAGAGAGUGGACAGUGGCUAUCGGUCAGUCAUGAGCGUCCAGUCUUCACUGGUCAUGCACCCCAUCAAUGCUUACGGCACAGAGGCCCAGAAGGAGAAGUACCUGCCCCGGCUCGCUCGUGGAGAAAUCCUGGGCUGCUUUGGCUUGACAGAGCCCAACCACGGCAGUGAUCCAAGCAGUAUGGAGACCAAGGCCAAAUACAACUCAUCCAGUGGCACUUUCACCAUCAGUGGAUCUAAGACCUGGAUCACAAAUUCCCCUGUGGCAGACAUCGCAGUGGUGUGGGCCAAGUGCGAGGAUGGCAGGGUGCGAGGUUUCAUCUUGGAGCGUGGAAUGAAGGGUUUCGCUACCCCCAAGAUUGAGGGCAAGUUCUCACUGAGGGCCUCAGCCACAGGCAUGAUCCUAAUGGACGAAGUGGAAGUUCCCCAGGAGAACCUGCUGCCCAACGUCUCUGGUCUAGCUGGUCCAUUCGGCUGUCUGAACAACGCCCGGUACGGCAUUGCAUGGGGAGCUCUGGGAGCUGCUGAAUUCUGCUUCCACGCUGCCCGUCAGUACACUCUCGACAGAAUCCAGUUUGGGGUGCCGCUGGCCAGGAACCAGCUGAUGCAGAAGAAAAUGGCUAAAUGCUGCGGAGAUCCUGGAUCUGCAGUAUGUAUCUGUCCUGGGAAGGGAAUUUCUCCUAAUAGGGCAGCACCAGACAUGAUCUCCAUGCUGAAGAGGAAUAGCUGUGGUAAGGCAUUGGAUAUUGCCAGACAAGCCAGAGACAUGCUGGGAGGAAAUGGUAUCGCAGAUGAGUACCACAUUAUCCGUCACGUGAUGAACCUGGAGGCCGUCAACACAUACGAGGGAACUCAUGACAUUCAUGCUUUGAUCCUGGGAAGAGCCAUCACUGGACUGCAGUCGUUCACUGUUGAAAAGUAACAGUCCACCGUCUUCUUGAAAUGGACCUGAUGUGGAUUUGUACUGUACUACCUGUUCCUCUGGCCAAAAUAUGUGUAGAAAUAUGAGGUGGACUCAGAUUUCCUUAUUACAUUGAUAUAUAUAUAUAUAUAUAUAUAUAUAUAUAUAUUUUUUUUUUUA